UUUACACUGCCAUGCCACAGCCACAGCAUCACGUCCACUCAUUAGCAAGGUAGCCCGUGCUGCACCUGCCUGCCAGCCGCAGCUGUCCUGCCUUUGCCUUCCCAUAGCAUAGCCAUGGACAUUUGGAAGUCCAAGGUGUUGCCCAAGAUCAAGCUCGUCUUCGUCAAGAGCGCCGGCAAGAAGGCCGCCGCCGCCGCCGAGCUCGUCAAGUCCUUCGACGAGUCCAAGGAGGGGAUCGAUGGCGAGUUCCAGGAGAAGAAGGCUGAUCUCCAGCCCAAGGUCGUCGAGAUCUACGAGUCUGCCCCUGCACCACUCAAGGUCCUGAUCAAGGAGAGGAGCAAGGUGUCCGGGAUCAAGAAGAACUCCGCCGCAAUCACCAAGUUCUUCGAGGAGCUGGCCAAGAUCGAAUUCCCUGGAGCCAAGCAAGUGAGCGACGGCAUCUCCAAGGCCGGCCCGGCCCUGCUGUCCGGCCCCAUCUUCGCCACGUUCGAGAAGGUCUCCACGCUGCUCCCUGUCGUCGCUGCCGAGGAGCCGGCCAAGGAGGCCCCGGCCCCGCCCGCCACUGAGGAGGCAGCCACGAAGGAAGCGCCUGUUGACGAGAAGAAAGAGGAAGCCCCCGCCCCCGCCGCCGCCGUCGAGAAGAAGGAAGAGACCCAAGAAGAGGAGAAGAAAGAAGACACCCCUGCACCGCCCGCCGCCGAGACUGCUCCUCCUGCUGAUGCAGCAGCUGCUACAGAGCAGCCCGCUGCGGAGGCCGCGGCAGAAGCUGAGGCUCCACCUGCACCUGCCGUGGCGGAGCCGGCCAAGGCCGAGGAGGAGACACCCAAGGCCUAGCUAGCUAGGGUUCAGCAGGUUCAUCUUCUUGCGCUUGCUGCCCCUAGCUAGCUAGCUGGUGUACCGUGCUCUUUAAUCACGUCACCAUCCAUAUUGUUGUUGCAUAUAUAUGCACACAAUGUUUUUGUUGCUCCAGAUGUUAUUGCUGUGCAAACCCGUGUUAGAUAUUUAUGUAUGUAUAUGUAAGCCUAUAUUAUUUUUUUUGCCACUACGUAUUCAUAUGCAGUGUGAGGAGGUAUGUAUAUUAUUGCCAGUUUUGGUUCAACUCAAUCAUUCUUUAA